CUCCGGUGAUCCGCUGGAAGUUACCGCCGAGCCUCUGCCCCAGUCGCCGUGCCGGAACUGUGAAGAUUGCCGUUCCGAGAAACAUAAAUAUUCCGGCCGUCGUAUAUCUCGUACGAUACAGCAGUUAGAGCCUGAGAUAUGCGGACUAUGUCGAAUUCUAUUUGCGGCAUACAAGAUAUUUGUUCGCAACCGUCCCGAAACAGAUAAUGCUAUUGCUACGGUUUGGGCAUAUCUUGAAGACUUGACUUACGCCCGGGAAUGCCACUUCAACUGAGAGUUACCAAUUCCAAGGAUGAAUUAAGUACAAGAACAUGCAGACGCAUCCUCAUAUCAUGCAAUGCACCGAGGAUGUACCCUGUCCAUGGGGAAUGUCCAAGUCAUUUGCUAGCACCUACGCAGGCUUCUUUGGAUGGGAAGACCAGUCGUUUGAGGUCUCCAACAUUCCCACACCUUACAAACGAAAGCUCGAAUUCGAUCUCGUCGCAAAGAUAUCUAGAGGUCUAGAUGACUGUGCUAAGCAUCAUGCGAAGUCCUGUCGCAUUUCGAAUAAAGCACCUCCCCCUAGCCGACUACUAGACGUGGGAUCAACAUCUGGUGAAGUUCGCCUGGUGGAGACAAAACUCUUGCAGACGGCUGUACAGAAGUAUAACUGCUUAAGUCAUUGCUGGGGCACGCAACAACCGCUUGAAACAACAAGGCAAAAUUACUCACGACAUCUGACAUCUAUUGCAUGGGACAGCAUACCCAAAACGUUCCAAGAUGCAAUCCAGCUUACUCGGGGCUUAGGUGUCCAGUUUCUUUGGAUUGAUUCACUUUGCAUCAUACAGCAUGAUGAUAAAGAUUGGGAGCGAGAGUCAGCCGACAUGUGCAAUGUUUAUGGAAAUUCCUAUCUCACGAUUGCUGCAACAUCAUCGCCGGACUGUCACGGAGGGCUCAAGUAUUGGGAAAACCGAGAACUCUUCAAAAUGACUGGCUUCACGGCGGACAAAUCACCUGUUAAGAUAUCGCUUGUUGCACAGCCGACCAAAGGGUUUAUUAAAGGAGAUACACCGCUCCUCCACAGAGCUUGGGCUUUGCAGGAGCGGAUAAUGUCUCCCAGGGUAGUCCACUUCCUGCCAGCUGGCGUAGUAUUGGAAUGCAACGGGGGAUGGUUGGCUGAGUUUCCCGAAAGACAGCUUAAAUCUGGACAUGUCGAGAAAACCAAGCAUCACGAGGCAAUCAGCUCCAACUCAAUCGAAACGAAGGCCAACAUGUGGAGAAAUCUCAUCGAGACAUACUCCCAGUCAGCGCUUUCUUUCGCUUCUGACAAGCUCCCCGCAAUCUCCGGCCUUGCUCAGCAAAUGGCAAAGCACAGAGCUGGGGCUCGUUAUCUUGCAGGUCUUUGGAGCGACACGCUAACUACAGACCUACUCUGAGAGUGCCCACCUGAUUAUAUCAAAAGCAACGACUCCGUCACUACAAGAGCCAAACCCUGGCGAGCUCCUAGCUGGUUAUGGGCUGCAUGGGAUGGGCCGGUAUUAUACGGCCAUGGGCUUAAUGGUAGAUUUGCUGACCAGACACCGCAAAACUUUCCACAACUAUUCACUUUGCGAGACGUAUCAAUC